UCCGCCAGGCCAGUUUGCGCACCAGGGACGACAGCAGCAGUCGGUUGUGAGUGCCGGUCAUUUCCUCUGCGACGUUCUUGAUCUCGCCAGCCGAAGCCAAACACGCGAAAGCCUCUGCUCUGCACGGCCACCCUAAUGCUCUCGGAGCCUCUCCGAUCGGAAAGGAGACUGAAGAAGUCGGUCGGGCUGCUACAGCAGUAGUCGGCCUCGGGGAAAGAGCCGUUUCCCGUUUACCAUCCCCACCGCCUGCUGCUGCUGAGGUACCGCUGCUGCUGUACAGCUACCGGGGUACACGCAGAUACUCCGGGGACGGUAGCGGCAGCGAGCGGCGCUCUCCAUCUCCCCGAGUUCAGGCAAGCGGGGCGCACGACAGAAAACACACAGGCAAUAGCGCUGCUGCUGUAGUGGCGACAGCAGCAAUCAGCGGUCGAUCGAUACCUCGGCACAUCGCCAUGGCGGCGCCCUUGGUGGCCGGCAACCCGCCCAAGUGCCGCGCCCACCCCCACUGCACCAGGACUUCCCGCUUCGCAUUCCCGGGACCUAGGGGGACGGCUCCUGCCAGGACGGGCACUUGGUCAUGCGCUCGGCAUCGUCUAGACGGCAUGGCCAGAGUCUACGCCUACGCCGGCGGCGGUGGCGCGGAGCACCAGGAAGUCAAGCCGGAACCGGAAGCGGUGGAGCCGGCAGCAGCAAGGCGGGGCGCCGCGCGGCGAGUCCGCCGGUACAAGGCUUGGGGGUGUGUGCCGAAGAAGAAAGCGGCAACUGGGAAGACCACGACGACCGCGACGGUCGGAUUUUUUGAGUUAGAGCCAACAGGGCAGCGGUCCAGUAGCAGUACCAACCAUCGUGAGCCGCAUGCGGUACGGGUAGCAGCCACCGCGGAAGGCGUGGGAGAGCGAGCAGCCUCGCGGAAGGUGGGGCUUCUUCCGGCGAUCCGCCGAAGCAGUAAAUUAGCUCGAUCGCCAAGCGACGGCGGCGGCAGCGAGAUGGCUGAUACCCAUGAACAGGCACACGCUGACGAAUCGAACGUGAUGCGCUGCGGUUUAACUAGUAGCGGGAGGCGGGACGACUCCGAGGCAGAUCCGCGUGGCGAAGAAGAGCGGGGGGCAGCAGCAGCCGAUCACGCCCAGGACCUUUCCACGCGGAAAGGGGGGGCGAAGCUUGAGGUGGCCGGUAUUAGGACGGAUGAUGAUGGCACCGGCGUCCAAAGACGGCCGAGCGCCCGACGCAAGGCUACCGAUGACCUCGCCCGAAACGCCUCCUGCGGGUUUCCACGGAGCUCGAGCGACGUUUGCUCGAAGCACCGAAGAACGCCCCGCUUGAACCCCGACCGCCAGAGACUCCUUCCUAACCGGACUUUCGGGGCUGCUCGUGCGGUAGAGGCAAUGGGAGGAGACAACAGCGGCGGCGGCGGCGGCGGCGGCCGCGUUUCGAGGGAUCGCGUUCUGGGCAAGCGUUGUGCUGGCGUCCGGCUUGCCUUGAAGGGAGCGGUAGACGACAGGGAACUACGGCCCGCUCGGAAGAAGGCCAAAAGGGCAGACGUUGGUACCAGUGGCGACGUCGAUGGCGGCGGCGGUGGCUGGGUUGGUUGUGGUCAACCUGAGUCAGAGAAGGAAGUCAACGUGCUCGGGGUGCCAAAUCCAGGCGGCCGGGGAGAGGGCGGAGCCGAUGAGCACGGCGAAUGGAGGUUUCCAACGGUGGUGUUUGACGGGGAAUGCUUUCAAGAGGCGGCGGCACUUUGGUGCCACCAGGACUCGCCAGAUACGCUGGAGAUGCCCACCAAACCGCCGGCUCCCGCGGUCGCGGUGAAGCCGGAACGUGCACCAGCAAACGCGAGCGUGCUGCGAGCAUUCGAUCACCGGUCGACAAGCCGAGAUGAUACUCGAUGCGUCACCACAGCUGCUAGCCGAACCCCGAGUUGUCCCUCGGGCGACGGAGGCGGCGACAUGGCCGGCUCCGUCGACGUUAAGCCGGACCUCAGGGCGCUUCGCCGAGCUGAGAGGCAGCAACGGCGGUCGCGGCAGCAACAGCAGCAGCAGCAGCAGCAGCAGGUAGGCGAAGAAAGCCAGCGGGGGAAGAGGAGAGCGGCAACGGCUGAGGGGGAGCGGAGCGAGCGGCUGGAGAGAGCCACAGCGGAUAAUGGGGGUGCGGACGGAGUUCUCGGCGCAGAGGCAGGCCUCCGAGACAGAGGCCAUGAUCCGAAGCGCGCCAGAUGCUCCUACAAAGCCUGCCUGCAGCCGCCCGUCGUAGGUGUCUACGGACUGGGGGGAGAGGAGACCGAAUUCUGCAGAGCGCACUCGGUGCAGGGGAUGCAAGCGUUGGUCCGAGUGUUGCCCACGGGGUGAUCGAGAAAUACGCGGAUGGCCCCGCCCGCGCUAAAGAGAAGGUUUCUUCUUGGCAAAGCCGUUUAUUUCCCCCCACCCCCGCGUGCACACACUUUUGUUAUUCACCCCGGGGGGUCGAGCUGUAACGUCAGGAAUGACGAACGUUCCCAAGGCCGGUGCCUGGGGGGGAUGAAACAUUGCGCAUGACGCGGACGGAGGGGGGGACAAUUUUUAUUUGUUGCUUGUCCUUUAGAGUUUGACCGUUGGGCGCCGGUCUCUGAUCAGAUGAUGCUCACCUUCCCUAGUAGAGGCAUCUCCUAACAAGCGGGUGCUCUGUAUAUUUCGCUGUUGGAACUAAGGAAAGGCAGAACUGACAUGGCGGAGCUCCAGCUGUUUCGCUCCACUCGCGCUUGUGUGUCGCAGGCCACGCGUAGGAUCAAAACGGUCAGAAAGUGCCUCGUUUCUGUUCUGACUAUAUUCGACGUUAUUUGUUCAGGUCCGGAGAGAAAAUGUUGCGACUGGUCCUGACCAUGUUAACUCAUGGUCAAACCAUGCCCGGAAUUAGAUUCGACGUUCGACACAAAAGUAAAAUGGCGUGCUGGGUGCGUUUGCUACUGGGAGCCAAGUGAGACAUCUUGGGGUUGCUCGCUUCCCGGAAAGUCGAAGGAUGUGGAUGUUGGAGGUUCCGUGUUUGUCGGGACAUGGUGGUGAGUGAGUGAAAUCUGCGACAAUACACAGAUUAUUGUUAGUUUUUAAGAGGGGAAGCGGCAGAUAGCGCGACGAUGUUGAUGAGAUUGUUGUUCAACGUGGGUGAGUCGACGGUUCGGGGCCUGUGACAUUCUGUUUUGUUUUCGAGAGAGCUUCGUGCACUGACAGGGAAACUGCACGGACAAAGAUUCUCACAAUGUUGCUGGUUUAGAAAUUUAGGAUGCGUACAUUGGGCGCAUGCGUAGUAGAUAUACAUAAGAAGCAGAGGAGGGCUUCGAACAAACCAAUUCUGUGCGAAGCAAAGACCUGAGUAUAUUUUUGUUUGAAGUUGUACACGGUAACGGCCAUGUUGUUCACGGGUUACGUUUUCGUUUCCCAGGCUAAGGUGUUAUUAGGCCUACUUCUUGAUUGUGUCCUUUCCUGUCCAAGCGAGCACUCGUAGAUCCCCCGUUCACUCUGACACAUGGAACGAUCCCAUGGAACGAUCCCAUCACCCGCUUCUUUCCAGGGAUGGAUACGGGCCAGAUAUAGCCACCGCUGCUGCUCUCUUGAGAAUUUCCUUUAGUCUAACACAACUA